AAAAACGACGAAGAAAUUAGCCACAAAGUUUAACUUUCAGUUGGGAAAAGAGUCUUGCCUCCCAAAAACACGAGUGUUAUUUCGGAGGCUAACGGAUUUGCGAAACUGCAUAGAGGCAAUUAGGCAGAGUCUCUUUCUUGUUGGUUAAAAUGAGAUGGACCAAUAUGGGUGAAUCCUCGUGCCUUGUUGAAAACUCUGUUCCAUUCCAUUUACGAUUUGUGAAUGCUUACUUUCAAGUUGCUCUCAAGUCUCAACCCCUAGCCAUGCUGUUACCUUGCAAAGCCACAAACUCUCUGGAUCUUCCCUCACGGGAACUCCAUAUCCCCAUCUCACCUUUUCUCACAAAGAACUGGCUUCCAUUUCAUCUCUGCCAAACAUGCUUCCUUUUUUCGUCUCUUCUCGUGAUCCCUCCUUCCCACCGCGCUUACGUUAUGUAUAUAUACCGCACAAACUUGGUAUGACUCUCACGUAAUCAAUGUUUAAGAUUUGAUCUUAAGAGUUGAGCUAGUUUUGUUAGGUUUUCGGCGCAACAAGAUGGACAGGAAACCAACAAUCCUGCAGACUCAUUUUGUGGAUAUGCAUGAAGCCUUGCCAGAAGAAGACGAAGAGAGGAUCAUUCAAAUGGAGGAUAGCAAUAAUGUGGACAAGAAAAUGAGUAGACCCAUCAGAGUUCGGGAGGCCAAGAGACCCCAAAAAAGUUUUGGCAGGCAGCUUUCUCUUGAGACGGGAUUCUCUGUGCUGAACAAAGAGUCAAAGGCUAAUGAUGAGAGGAAGGCUCUGCCGAGAAGUGGGAGAAGUUUCGGAGGGUUCGAUUCGGCCAACAGGAUGGGUUUGGAGGGAGGACGCAAAGGAGACUUCAGUAUCUUCAAAACAAAAUCCACUCUAAGUAAGCAGAAUUCUCUCUUGCCCUCGAGGAAGGAGAAAGAGCUCGAGUCUCAGAGAAGUGAUGGCUCUAAUGGCCUUGAUGAAUCUGUUAACAGAAGCGUUCCCGUGGGUAGAUAUUUUGCAGCUCUUCGUGGACCUGAGCUAGACGAAGUCAAGGAAUCAGAGGACAUUCUUCUGCCCAAGGAUGAGAAAUGGCCAUUUCUUCUGCGGUUUCCAAUAGGAUGCUUUGGUAUCUGUCUUGGCCUGAGCAGCCAAUCGGUUCUGUGGCGUGCCCUUGCAACAAGCCCUGCCACCAAGUUCCUCCAUAUCACGCCAGUCAUCAACUUUGGCCUCUGGUUAUUGGCCAUAGCUGUUCUAGUCUCAGUGUCAGUCACCUACAUCCUCAAAUGCGUGUUCUACUUCGAAGCAGUCAAAAGAGAAUAUUUCCACCCAGUUCGAGUCAACUUCUUCUUCGCGCCCUGGGUUGUCUGCAUGUUCCUAGCCAUCGGUGCACCUCCAAAAAUUGCCCCAGGGACACUUCAUCCCGCCAUUUGGUGCGUUUUCAUGGCACCAUAUUUCUUCCUGGAACUCAAAAUCUAUGGGCAGUGGCUUUCUGGGGGUAAAAGACGACUCUGUAAGGUGGCAAAUCCUUCUUCUCAUCUCUCGGUGGUGGGAAAUUUUGUUGGGGCAAUUUUAGCUUCGAAAGUGGGUUGGAAGGAGGCUGCCAAAUUCUUGUGGGCUGUUGGAUUCGCACACUAUCUGGUGGUGUUUGUGACUUUAUAUCAGAGACUGCCCACUAGCGAGGCUCUCCCCAAGGAGCUCCACCCUGUGUACUCCAUGUUUAUCGCAGCUCCCUCCGCAGCCAGUCUUGCCUGGGAAAAUAUAUACGGUGAAUUUGAUGGCUUAUCCAGAACUUGCUACUUCAUCGCUUUGUUUCUCUACGGUUCGCUUGUGGUGCGCAUCAAUUUCUUCACAGGUUUCAGGUUUUCAGUGGCGUGGUGGUCAUACACGUUUCCUAUGACGACAGCGUCAGUGGCGACGAUCAAGUAUGCAGAGCAGGUUCCAUCGGUAAUAAGCAAGGGCCUUGCGCUUGGGCUUUCUUUCAUGUCUUCCACGAUGGUGUGUGUUUUGUUCGUGUCCACUUUUCUUCAUGCGUUCGUCUGGCAUACUUUGUUCCCUAACGAUCUUGCCAUUGCCAUAACCAAGAGAAGACACGGUAGAGAGAAGAAGCCUUUGAAGAAGGCCUAUGACAUAAAGCGUUGGACCAAGAAAGCUCUCACCAAGAACACCUCGGUUAACAAGGACACUGCCCAGGAAUAAACUUAAAUUGAGACACAAUGCCUUGCUUAAGGAAGCCUGACAACCUAUUUACAAGCCUGCAGUUUAAUCAUGGAUUUCCUUACUUUUGGGAUUGUUUCCUUCGGCUCGGUUAUGUGGUCUUCUACAUCGUCAACGCUUUUUGCCUUUUCUCAUAUUCAUUAAAUAGUGAGAUUGAUGGGCGAACUCUUCGGCCGAUCAUUAGGUUGGUGUGAGGGAGAUGAGGCAGCCUUUUGUUCUCUCUUGCAUGCAAGUAAAUUUGAGCUUACAGAAUGUGACAUUGGUAUAUAUGAUUCAAUGCUAAAAAAAUGUUAAAGAUAUUGAAAAGCUCAGGCUAUACAACUCUUUCUAAUGUA